UCAGCGAAGCGAACGGCAAACUUUUCACUUUUCGUCUUCAAAAAGUUUGCUUUCCACUAAUUCAAAGCAGACGUCGUGUCACUACAUCUUCAUUGCGGCUAACAAAUCAAUCUCCGAAUAAAUACCUUUAUAAACCUUAUUACCUCACAAUAAGUUAAAAAUGUUCAAAUUCGGACUUCUUUGCAUUGCCCUUUUGGGAUUGAUCAACUGCUGCCUUUCAUCUGAAGAUGAGACCAGCGCGAGACUUUUGGUCUCCAAACAAAUCAUGAACAAGUAUUUGGUGGAAAAGAGCGACUUGGUCGUGAAGUACACAGUCUACAAUGUUGGCAAUGGAGCUGCAGUCAACGUGAAAUUGGUCGACAAUGGAUUCCAUCCAGAAGCUUUCGAAAUCGUUGGAGGUCAAUUGAGUGCCAGCGUGGACCGUAUCGCACCUCAAACCAACUACACUCACGUCGUUGUUGUUCGUCCAAAAUCCUACGGUUACUUCAACUUCACAGCCGCCGAGGUCACCUACAAGCCAAUCGAAGAAGCCGAGAAGGUUCAAUUGGCCAUCAGUUCAGAGCCUGGUGAGGGUGGUAUCGUCAACUUGACCGAAUUCAACAAACGUUUCUCAUCUCACUUCUUCGAUUGGGUUGCUUUCGCCAUCAUGACUUUGCCUUCUUUGGCCAUUCCAUUGGGAUUGUGGCACUCGUCAAAGAGCAAAUAUGAAAAAUACAACAAGAACAAGAAACAUUAAGUGCACGAAGCAUGAUUACACUUUAUGUAAAAUUGUUUCUGUCGUAGUUCUUUUUUUUUAAUUUUUCAAUUUACAAAACCAACAAGACUCGUGUGGGAGGAAGGAAGAAGGUGCUCUUCUCACUUAAUUUUUUGUUCACUCGUGAAUGAAGGAGCAACAUCUUGGAAUCGUUUUAGAUUUGUCCUAAGACGCUGCGUCAAAAUAUGAUUUCUUUUUUUUUAUCUUUCAUACAAAACCGCUUAGCAUUUAAAUUAUUUUUUCGAUGGCGAUAAAAGCAUUUGUAUUAAAAAUAAUAAAAAAAAAAACAACUUCAAUCGAAAAACAAGAA